UACGAGGGCGGAGCUUUGCGCCGGAAGUAUCCCUCUGUUGUUUCUGGUGGCGCCCUAGCUCGUGGGAGAUGCGGCGGCCACCUUAGGCAAGGAACCUAAGCCGGGUUUGGAGAGAUACGAACGCAGUUUGGAGCUGGGGCGCCGGGCGGCGCUCUCGGGAAGAUCAUGGGCUCCACUAAGCCCUGGGGAGAAUGGUUCCUGAACCUGAGGGUGCCGCCCGCCGGAGUGUUCGGCGUGGCCUUCCUCGCCCGGGUCGCCCUGGUUUUCUAUGGGGUCUUCCAGGACCGGACCUUGCUCUUGAGGUAUACGGACGUAGACUACCACGUGUUCACCGAUGCCGCGCGUUUCGUCACCCAAGGGCGCUCCCCUUAUCUGAGGGCGACCUAUCGUUACACCCCGUUGCUGGGUUGGCUCCUCACUCCCAACAUCUACCUCAGCGAACUCUUUGGAAAGUUUCUCUUCAUCAGCUGUGACCUCCUCACCGCUUUCCUCUUAUACCGCCUUCUGCUUCUGAAGGGGCUGGGGCGCCGGCAGGCUUGUGGCUACUGUGUCUUUUGGCUUCUUAACCCCCUGCCGAUGGCAGUGUCCAGCCGAGGCAAUGCGGACUCCAUUGUCGCCUCCCUGGUACUUAUGGCCCUGUAUCUAAUAGAGAGAAGACUCAUCGCAGGUGCUGCUGUGUUCUAUGGUUUCGCGGUGCACAUGAAGAUGUAUCCAGUGACCUAUAUCCUGCCCAUAACUCUCCACUUACUGCCAGAACGCAACAACGAUGAAGGCCAUCGCGAAUCCCGGUGUUCUUUCCGCUGUCGUUUGUACGAAUUCUCGAAGAGGCUGUGUAGUCGGGCAGUGUUGCUCUUUGUAGCCGUAGCUGGGCUCACAUUUUUUGCGCUGAGCUUCGGUUUCUACUAUAAAUAUGGUUGGGAAUUUUUGGAGCAUACCUACCUUUAUCAUCUGACUAGGCGGGAUAUCCGUCAUAACUUUUCUCCAUACUUCUACAUGCUGUAUUUGACUGCAGAGAGCAAGUGGAGUUUUACCUUGGGAAUUGCUGCAUUCUUGCCACAGUUCAUCUUGCUUUCAGCAGUGUCUUUCGCCUAUUACAGAGACCUUGCCUUUUGUUGUUUCCUUCAUACAUCCAUUUUUGUGACUUUUAACAAAGUCUGCACCUCCCAGUACUUUCUUUGGUAUCUCUGUCUUCUGCCCCUUGUGAUGCCACUUGUGAGGAUACCCUGGAAAAGAGCUGUCCUCCUCCUGAUGUUAUGGUUUAUAGGGCAAGCCUUAUGGCUGGCUCCUGCGUAUGUCCUUGAGUUUCAAGGAAAGAACACCUUUCUGUUUAUUUGGUUAGCUGGCUUGUUCUUCCUUCUCAUCAACUGUUGCAUCCUGAUUCAGAUUAUUUCCCAUUACAAAGAGGAAAACUUGAGAGAGAGAAUCAAAUAUGACUAAUGUUUUUUCUAGAUCUUCUGCCACUUAGGUUACAUUGACUUUUCUGUAUGGACCAGAAGAGAGCUUUGGAAACUUUUUUUGAACAUUCUAAGCGCUCUAAUGAAAGUUGCCUUGUUCCAACAGAAAUUAAAACCAAUGUUUGCCUUAUAUAUAAAGAGGACUCGAUAAUUGAGGUCCACCCUGUAAAAAAUCUUAGGAAUUUUUACUUGAGCACACUGGGAAGUAAAGGUUACUUGUUUGAAAAUGCAAAGGCUAAUGAAACUUAUCAGAUGCUUAAAGUUCUUGUCAUUAAGAGACAUAAGGUCUAAGCCAGUAUUUGUUUCAAGUUUAUUGUGCCACUGUCUUAAGCUGUGUCUUAUCUUCAGCACCCCACUUUUUCUUUAUGAAGUUUUUCUGACUGCUGUGAAAACUACAGAGUAUUCCUAAAGUGCAGGGUUUUUGUUGUUGUUGUUGUUUUUAAGAUGUGAGGCAUUAAAUAGUACUACCGUGCUUAGUUGGGAAAGUUUUAAAGUUUCGUGUUAAUUGUGGGGGUUUAGAAGAUAAGUAACCCAACAAAUUUUGUAAUCAUGUUUCAUGUAUUUGUUUUGUAUAAUUUAGUUAUAAUUUGUUUUAUAUCUUAGAUUAUUGUUUGGUUUUAUACAAAAAGAAUUAAAUUUAAAUUCACCCACCUUUA